AUGGAUACCUCUUCGUCAACGUCCAAGGUCACAGUAACCUACUGGGACCCCUUCAGUCUCUAUCCUCUGAUAUCUUCCGACCUCCGUUCCCGCCUCCCUUUGCGAAACCUACAUUGGAAAGCGCCUGCCCGCCCACUGCGCUCCAUCAAUUCCCUCCACGUAGAGCUCAACCCAUCCCCUUCAUCUCCAGCAUUCGGGUCUUCACACGACCUUACUCGUGUCAAGAGCUCCGAGUCUUCGCGUUCCGUGGAUUCUACCGUCCGUUCGGCCUCGAAACCCUCUGCGCCCCAAAAGGAACGUCGACACCAGAUUCCUGGCUUGCGGAAUACCCCAUAUCUCAAGAUAUUUUUGCUUAGAUGCGAUGAUAACGAUACUUACAAAAACACCUCGCGGAAACUUCUCCGCGAAUGGGUUUCCGAACACACAGCUAGCUCAUCCAACGAGAACAAGCAGCAUGAUGCAUUCGAGUGGCUUAUUAUCCAUGUAGUCCUACCUAAUACAUCGGCAGCACUCCAGCCCCGAUCUUCAUCAUCUGCAUCAAAUGCCACCGGCAGCUCUCGUUGGAUGAAAGGCAGCACAACUCUUUUAGACAAAAUUAGGGGUGAUUUUAAUUUAAACACCAGCAAAAAAGAUAGAAUUGUCCAGAUUAGAAUAUCCCCCACACAUCCAGCACUGGCCACUCUAAGCCCUCCGGUAUUGGUGGGAAAUCAAAUAGUUCCAAUUCCUGAAACUCCGACUGAAAGCGAAAUGGCAUGGCUGGAUCUUAUUGCCAAGUUUAAAACUCAAAUCCUUGCUAGUUUUGACGCAAGAGUUAGCCAAUAUGAGGACGACAUUCGAGAGAAGGAUAGCCAAAGAAGACUGCCUGGUUGGAACUUUUGCACAUUUUUCGUGUUAAAAGAAGGUCUUGCUAGGGCCUUUGAGUCUGUUGGCUUGGUAGAGGAUGCUUUGGUACUUUAUGAUGAAUUAGGUUUUGGUCUUGACGCAAUUGCGCGGGAUCAAGAGCAAAAAGAAAAAGGCGAAUCUAGCCCGGAUGAUGUUGUAGGGGGCAAAUUUGUUGGAUGGACAAAGGAGAGCAUUUGGUGGAUUGAAAAGGCUAGAAACAGACGGGCUGCUCGUCGUGGAGGGAAGGAUGACGAAGAACAGGAAGAUGUUGAUGAAGGAAACCCCCUGGGCACAGAAAGGAAACAUUACAGGGAGUUAAUCUUAUCAAACGAAAUCUCGCUGUUUGACUUCAAAUGUUAUCUAUUUGCACGGCAAUCUACACUAUUGCUCCGACUGGGUAAAGGCCAUAACAUCGGAUUAGAUAUUGGUUCACCAGGCACUGCAUCAGGAACGUUUUCUCUUCACGAGGCUGCAGCCGCGGCGGUUGGCAAGCCAGAAGAGGAUUUAACUAGGUUGGCAGAGGUCUGUAAACGUGGUCUGGAAUUCGUUACUAGCGUGGCUAGAGCUUUGCGGGCCGAUCUAUGGACCGCAUAUCACUCUUCUUCAGAAGAGAAGCCCGACGAAAGCGAAGACAAUGUUAGCUGGAUGGUUGACAAUAUUGUUUCGUCCUGGAUAUUCGCUGUUUGUGAACAGCUAUUGAAUCAAACGGCAACUUCCAUACUUGCGGAAGGUUCUCUUGCAUCCCCGACAGACUCAGUUUCCGGGAAAUUCCCACGAAGAACUAGUAGCCUGCCUCCCACACCAAGCUCCGAAACCACUUCCUUUGGACAGACCCCUCAGGGGUCUAUAUCAGGAUUGGAAGACCUUGCAGCAGUUCGCGCAGACUUAAUGCUUCUAGCACGUGGCGUUGUGGAGACAUUCGGAAAAAGGAAGGGAUGGAUCGGUAGUCUAGGGUGGUUUUUCCUUCCUGAAGUGGAGCGGGGCGAAGCUGAGCUUAAAAUGGAGGAAGUGAGAUUGGAUGACGAUAGAGAUAUGCCCCAAACUAAAGCGGCCUCCGAAAAGAAUAUAAUAAAUAGCUGGGGUGUGGAGGGAAUCCGAAAUGCGACUUUGAGAAGGGUUAUUGAAGGCGACAGAAAGGAGGAAUUUUACAAGAUAUUUGAAGAUUUGAGCGAGAAAGCCAUGACAAACUUUGGGCUAGCUAAAAGGGUUAAGAGCUGCGAGAGGGUUGAGGCAGAUUUGGCAGCUUUAAGAUUUCAUUUGAAAGACUAUGCUAGAGCAGCUAGCCAUCUCGAAAAAAUGACAAAAUUUUAUGCUGAUCAAGGCUGGGGUCUGAUUGAAACGACGUUACUAGGAAUGUACGCCAAAUGCCUAAAAGAGAUGGAUCGUAAAGAGGAGUACGUCAUGGUGCUUAUGAAGCUUCUUACUAAAAGCUCUGCAGCAGAAAGGGUACGUCUACGGCGUCGAGGGAUAGAAUCGCUCGAGAAUGAGCUUGCAGAAAAACCGGGUUCCCUCGACAAUCACGUUCUAGAAGAAGAAGCUGCUGUCAUAGGCUAUGUCGAUAGCAUUGUUGAAUUAUCUAGAGGUAAUGCUAAAGAAAUAUCCGCACCUAUGUCUAACUUCUGGAGCGACAUUACUGUCGAUCCAUAUCCUCGACAUAUGAUCGAUAGAGAUGGAUUUGAAGUCGUGGUAAAGAUGAGGUAUCUUUUAAAGGAGGAAAUGCGGGUGGAGAAAAUUAGGGUCAGGAUUGUGAAUACAGUUGGGCAGGUCAAAGAGGUGUGGAUGGAAACCAAAGAGCCUACGAUAAUGAAGAAAGGAAUCGUGCGAGCUUUGGUUAGAACGAAUGCCACGGUGCCAGGAACCUAUAUGGCGGAUCGAAUUAUCGUCACUGCGAAUAAGCUUACUUUUUUGCAUGAGUUGACGCCCAAGUCGUCCCCGGUUACUCCAGCAGGCCUUCCGUCAAAUUCUGGGGUAGCCGUCACUACCGCUAAGAAACUAAAGCUAUCAUUCUUUCCCGCACCCCGGAAUUUAUUAGUAAGAUUGGAGGUACCGAAGGAAAUCAACCUUGACCACCCUAAGGCAACGGAGAUUGUACUUGACCCUGGGGAGAACGAAGUGCUCAAAGGAGAGCUGAGGGUUCGUUCUGCCACAGCCGGAUUGAGACUUAUGACAGCCGACCUUAAGGUUCUCGAAGGGGAGGGUAUGGUUGAUACAAACGGAAAGCCGGGGGUCGUUUUGUUCGGUAACAUGGGGAAAGGGCGGAAGAUUCGAUUGAGAGUUCCCUACACUAGCGAAAACGAUUUGACUGAAUUAUCAGUGAAAGUUGAGAUUGACUAUACUACAGUAACCGGCGAUUUUUUCUUCGCGGACAAGCUUAGUAUCGCCGUGAUCCUGCCACUUGCGGUGAAUGUUCAAGAUGUUUUUAAGCCCGGAUCACUGUUCUCCAAAUUCCAGGUCUCGACGGCAAAUCCUGAAAUGCCUUUACGCAUCCUGAAAGCAACUUUAGAAGGAUCAGACAGUUUUGAGGCUAAGAGUGGGCAAGGGACCGAAGGAUCCAUGGUCGUUUUUGCAAAGCAGCCGGCAUCAUUCACGUAUAAAAUCACCAGGAAGGGGCCCAAAGAAUCGCAAAAAGAGCAGCCUUUAGCUUUGAUUAUUAAAUACCGAACCAUAGAUGAAGAAAUUAUUCAAUCUGCCCGAUCUACCUUCGCAUCGCAGCUUCAAGCUGCUGGGAAGGGGAAAUACAUGCAUUGGCUUCAGCCUAUACUAAUUUCUCAACUCCAAAAAAGACAUCUGCUAGAGUUAGAAGCAACGGCAUUAUUGGGCGAAGUCCGCCUAGGCACUUAUGAAGAAUAUGGGUGGGAGGAGGCUCUGGAUGGUAUUACUCCAACACACGGAGAAAGGGAACAGAUGGAGCAUUGGUUGAAAGAGUUUUAUAAGAAAAAUGCAAUAAUACAGCUUAGCUCGGCUUUCGAGGAUCCCGAAACGGAACCCAUUACACGUUUGGUAGUGAUCCCUGUCGAGGUUCCACAACUGCAAGUCAUACACACCGUAGAAAUCAACAUACUCUCAGAUGCCAACUCUAAAUCCCUUUCAACACCAUAUACACCUCAGAUGGUAGCUGUGGGACAAGCUAUCCCUGCAGAAUUAGUAAUUCGUCACUCUAGAGCUUGGAACGCUGUAUAUGCUAAGGACGAGGAGAUUGACGUGGGGGAUGAAGAACUGGAGUUCUUUUAUGAAGUUCAAAAUAACCUAGAGGUAUGGCUGGUAUCUGGGCGAAAAAGAUCCCAUUUCACUGCAAAGGAAGGGCAAAUCCAUCGUUUCCCUAUACUUCUGGUCCCGCUCAAAGCAGGAAAUUUAUUACUCCCCAACGUGGAGGUUAAACAAUACGUCCCAGUACAGCAACAAUCUGAGACAACAGGAAUCAUCAGUUCAGAAACAGACUAUAGAAGCAACGGAGAAUGCGUUCUAGUAUUGCCGGAUGUGAGAAGUACGACAGUCAAGAUCGACUCGAGUUUUGGCAGCGAGGAGGGAUUCAGGAGCCCGGCUUCUGUGCGGGCAUAA